UUAAAAACAGACUUUGUUUAUCUUGUGGGCUGUUCGAUGAAAUGCUCUCCGUCUAGUUAACCUGCCUCCUUCUCCCUGUCGUUAUUUCCUUUUUUAUUAUUAUUUGCUCUCCCCAGCCCCGGACGCCGAGAAGAUUGUUGCAUCUCGCUCCUUUCACUGAAUCUUUUCUCGUCUCUUUGUAAUUUCACCUUUCCUUUUUUUUUUUUUUGUUCUCCUCAGCUGAGACCCUGCAGCACGAACAACAACAACAAAAACAUUUGAACAUUUCUCCCUCUUUUUGGUGCUACUUAUCAAAACGACCUAGAAUAAGCGUUUUUUCUUUUUGCUACAUUUGUUUACUGAGGGGGUAUCUGUUGCAGUUGAAGGCAGCUCGACAGGAGGAGAUUUUUAUUUUUUAACCGAGCCAUGGCGACCGAAGUGGAUACGUGGUCCUCCGCUCCCAAGGCCGACGGGAUGUUUUCCCUGGAGAACAACAUGGCGGAGGCCCCCCAUCCCUACAGCGACGACGAAGACGGCCUGAACGAGGCCGAGGUGAAUGGCAACUGGACGCCCCAGGAGAAGGCGCUCCACGAGGCGCGUCUCAAAGCCAAAGCCAAGCGCCGUCUGCGCAAAUCCUCGUCCCGCAACUCCACCAGCGAGUCCUUCUCCGAGUCGGGAGAUGUGGCGGGAGGCGACCCACACAGCCCGAAGGGCAAAGUCAACACCAACGACCGCAAGUCAAGGACGGGAAAAGGCAGAGGCCUGCCAAAAAAAGGUGGUGCAGGCGGUAAAGGAGUUUGGGGCGCUGCUGGGAUGGUUUAUGAAGACGAAGAACCUGAUGUACGGGACCCAAACUAUGACGAAUCUUCCCAGGGGGACACGGUUUACGCAACAGUCGUGCCAGAGGUAGACGAGAGGGAACUAGAAAAAAUGGUCAACCCAAUUGUACAGGAGUACUUUGAACAUGGAGACACAAAAGAGGUCCAGAUGCUGCUGAAGGGGCUCAACCUGGGCCCACACAAGUACGAGUUCUCCUCUUUUGCCGUGUCUCUGUCCCUCGAAGGCAAGGCCAGCCACAGAGAACUGACCUCCCGCCUCCUGUCUGAUCUGUCGGGCAAGUUGCUGUCACAAAGUGACAUGGCCCGGGCUUUUGACAAGAUGCUCAAAGAGCUGCCAGACCUCAUCUUGGACACACCAGAGGCUCCACAGAUGUUGGGUCAGUUCAUUGCCAGAGCCAUAGCCGACCACGUCCUCCCCAUGUCGUUCCUGGACUGUUACAAGGGCAAAGUGGACUGUGAGCAUGCCAGAGUGGCUUUAGACCGUGCCGCAGUUCUGCUCACCAUGAAGAGGAAGAUGGUUCGUCUGGAUAACGUGUGGGGUGUUGGUGGAGGCCUGAGACCUGUCAAACAUCUCGUCAAAGAGAUGAACCUUCUGCUCAAGGAGUACCUGAUAUCAGGAGAUGUGUCGGAGGCAGAGCACUGUCUGCGGGACCUGGAAGUCCCUCACUUCCACCAUGAGCUGGUCUAUGAGGCUGUAGUGAUGGUGCUGGAGUCGAAGGGGGACACUGCCAGUCACAUGAUGAUGAAGCUGCUGCAGUCCUUCUGGAAAACAGGCCUCAUCACUGUGGACCAGAUGAACAGGGGUUUCCAGCGUGUCUAUGAUGAGCUCCCAGAGAUCAGCCUCGAUGUGCCACAUGCCCACUCCAUCAUGGAGGCCUUUGUGGACCUCUGCUACCAGGAGUCUGUCAUCACCAAACAGCUGAGAGAUGCCUGUCCCUCCAGAGGGCGGAAGCGCUUUGUAAGUGAAGGAGACGGAGGGUUGAUCAAGAACUAAUCCACAAGAGGAAGAGCAUCACGAGAAGGAGGAGGAGGAGGAGGUGUCCACCGGUUCUCGGACCCUGUUUCUGCUUCAGCAUGUCUCCCUGAAACUGGACAUGCCCGCAGUCUAAAGUUUCCUUGUCCCUCUCCUGAUAAUGUUGUCAUCACACAAACCAGCGUUGACGUUCGGUGAAAGCAAACUGAGGAGUGACCUCGGCGUUCAGUUACCUUCAUCCUGUUAGUCACUGUCUUUGACAAUUGUUUUAUUUGUUUUUUUUGAAGAAGAAGAUAUUGUGUAUUUCUGGGGUUGAUGCGACCCCCUUGCCUCAGUCUUUGCAACCUGUUUGUCGAGAUUAUUUCAGAAAGUCAGAGUGGCAGAAAGACAAGUGGACAGGAUGAGUUUUGUGGGGGAUAAAUUGUUUAAUUUUUUUUUGUCUCUUGCUUUGUUUCGCCUGUUUACAUGUCUCUGUCUUCUUUGGGCAAAAAGCACUUAAAUGACGGAGCAUCCUCUACACUCAGUGAGCACUUAACAAUGUAGCUCGACAAUAAGGAUCUAAACCGCUUUAUCUUCCGCUGCAAACAAUUUGAUCCAUGCCUUGUAACUUUCAAUUCAAGUGGUUCAAUUGAUACUUGAUAAAUGGCGCUUUUUUUUUUUCUUUGAAUAUUGGUCACUCAUGCCAAUUGUUUACUUUGUAAAGCAGCAGCAGUCAAGGUGUUAGGGCACUGUUUGGGUGUUUGUUUGGGAUUUGCAUUAGGGCCAGCAUUCUUGGGGAGCCAUUUCUAAAAAAAAUCUAAAUAAAUUAAGAGGGUUUGUGUAUAAUGGUAAUCAAACAAGCAAUAUUUUGAACACUCUUGUGAAUGUGUCUGCACAUGGUCAGCAGUUUGAUUUCUGGACAUGAAGCCAAACCUGCUGUAGAGAGCUUCUGGAAAUUGUUAUCUGCUUGUGAAAAGGCAACCUCCGUUUCUCUUGGAAGACAGUUUGUUAUUCUGCUCCAGUGUAACAGUUUUACAUGUUGACCAAAGUUAUGAUAAAUAUAUUUCAUUCAUUAAAAAGGCAACAAAUUCAA